GUUCUGAUUUUAUAAAGACAUCUACAGGAAAGGAGGUGGAAAAUGCGACCUUUCCGGUUGGAGUAGUCAUGAUGCGAGCCAUUAAAGAAUUCUACUGGCAAACUGGCAACAAGGUUGGAUUUAAACCUGCUGGGGGCAUUCGGACGGCGAAAGAAGCUAUUACUUGGCUUAUGCUGGUGAAGGAGGAACUGGGAGUGGAAUGGCUAACACCGGAGCUCUUUCGCCUGGGUGCCAGUAGUUUGCUGGAAGACAUUGAGAAACAAAUUUUCUAUCACGUGACCGGCUCUUAUGCACUUCAGCAUGACCUGGCAAUGGCUUAGACACAAAAUCAACUCAGGAUUACUUUUACAAAAGAAGUCUUUAAGCAAACGGCAUUCAGAAGUCUUCUGACAACCAAGUGCAUAUGAUAGAAUUAAAGGCCUAAUUCUCCCUUCUUCAUAUUUUAUAGUAUUUAAAAAUAUGC